GGCGUGUGUCGGCGGCAGAAGCGGAGAGUGGUGUCGCACGCUCGUGCAGUCAGAUGACAUCCCAGUGAUAACAAGCGACAUAGCGCAGACCGAGCUGGGAGCCGACUGACAGGCAUCUUUACGUCUUCAGCAGCUUCGCGCAGUGACUUUUUCGCACAACUACAGAUUUUUUUCUCCCACACACUUGCGAAAGGGAUUUAUUAUUAUUUUUUUUAUUCCUGCACGUUCCCCUGGGUUUGAACCAUAAUGCCAGCUGAUACUAUGGAAAAGCAGACGGCAUCCCCUAUCGCCGGAGCCCCUGCAAACGGAACGCACACGCCGGACAAACCAAAGAACGCCAGCGAGCACCGAAAGUCAUCGAAACCGAUCAUGGAAAAACGCCGCAGGGCAAGAAUUAACGAGAGCCUUGGGCAACUCAAGACACUCAUCCUGGACGCACUCAAAAAAGAUAGCUCCAGACACUCCAAGUUGGAAAAGGCAGACAUCCUGGAAAUGACAGUGAAGCACUUGAGGAACCUGCAGCGCGUACAGAUGAGCGCAGCGCUCUCGGCUGACGCCACCGUCCUGAGCAAAUACAGAGCCGGAUUCAACGAGUGCAUGAACGAGGUCACGCGCUUCCUCUCCACCUCCGAGGGGGUGAACGCGGAGGUGAGGUCGAGGCUCCUCAACCACCUGUCCAGCUGCAUGAACCAGAUGAUGUCCAUGAACUACCCGCCGCAGCCGCCGUCGCAGCAGGCGCACCUGGCGCAGCCCCUCCACGUGCAGCUCCCGUCCACUCUGCCCAUCAGCGGCGCCGCCGUGGGCUCCAAGCUCAGCCCCGCCGAAGCCGUGUCGCCGAAGGUCUUCGGCGGCUUCCAGCUGGUGCCGGCGACCGACGGACAGUUCGCCUUUCUGAUCCCGAACCCGGCGUUCGCCUCCCCCGCGGCCCCCGUCAUCCCCCUCUACGCAAACGCAGGAGUUCCCGUUGCGGUCAACGCCGGUCCCGUGCACGGCAGCGCGGCGCCGACGGCGGCGUCUCCGGUCCACGGCAUGACGUCCUUCUCGGGGGGUUCCCAGGCGGUCAGCCCCGUGGGAGUCAGCACCGGGUCGGAGAGCAACGAGCCCGUGUGGAGACCCUGGUAGUUUAAAGGACUGAAGAGACUCACGUGGAGGCAGUUGGCGUUACUGUUCUGAUUUAGACAUUUAACAUACGCACAGUGGUGCUGUCGGGGUUUACUCUGUGACGGGACGGCAACAAUAACUAUAACAUAGCAGGUCUCAUUGUUUCGUUUUAUGGAACAGUGGUUGCCGUUAAUGGCACGUUUUUUUAUAGUUUAUUGUCUGACUCCAAUAUUUGGAUGCCAGUGAUAAAUACGCUGUAAAUGCAGAAGAUUUUUAUAGGAUUUUUUGUGAUGAAGUACUUUUUAUGAAAAGGUUUUAGUUUUGUACAGAGUUGUUAUUGAUUGAUAUACCAAAGCUGUGUUUUAUAUUGAUUUUUUUGCUUUGUGUUGUUAAAACUUAAAACAGAAGCUGGGCGUUGACCCAUUGUUUUAAUAAAUACAUUUUAAAAUA